AUUGUACCUGCUGAUUGCAGAUGCUAUUCCGACAAUCGGAGUUGCUGCGUUGGUUCGGUGUGUCGGUCUUUGAAAUCUGGGUGUGGCUUUUCAGUUUGACAGUGUUCUCUGUGCUGGUUGUGUUGAAGGUUGAGAACCUACUCCCUAGCUCCACCUCCUGGUUCACAGUCUUCUCACCACUCUUUGUAUCAGACGGAGUUAACGCAUACUUCUGCAUAAUCGUGUUUAUCAGGCAGUAUUUGUAUCAUGAGCUAAGGAAUGGUCCUCUUCGUACUCUCUGGUCGCUUCUUGUAAUCGUUCUGCUCUUUGGGUUCAAGUAUCUCCUCUGUCAGAAGCUAAAUGAUAGUAUUAAACUAGAAUACAGCGAGGUCACCAGUCCUGUAUUCAUCCUUCUUGUUCUAGUGAUGGUGCGAGCCUGUCAGCUUCACUGAGCAUUUUCAAGUGCAAUUAACCAUCUGGAGAAUUGUAUCAAGAAUAGUUAACCACUCGGAGAAUUAUAUUAAGCCUAGUUAACCACGCGGAGAAUUGUAUCAAGUAUA